UUUGUUUGUUUGUUUCGUUGGUUGGUUUGGUUGUUUGUUUGUUUUGACUGGGGGCUUUUUUUAUUUUUAUUACUCUCCUUAUGGUUCCCCGCUGAACAGCGGCGGCAGCAGCAGCAAUAUGGCUGGUGAUGGGCUUUUUGGGGGGCGCUGGCGGCGGGAGGAGCUCUCGGAAGCCCCUGCGCGCCCGGCUCGCUGUUAGCUAUGGCAAAUGGCAGCGGCGGCGGCUCCUACCCGGGCGGCAGCGGCAGCGGCAUUAGAAUGAGUAACAAUAUCAACGCCAACAAUCUCAACACAGACUCGUCCUCCUCCCCCGUCAAUGUGCCCAAGAUGGAUGCGCUCAUCAUCCCGGUGACCAUGGAGGUGCCCUGCGAUAGCCGCGGACAGCGCAUGUGGUGGGCUUUCCUCGCUUCAUCCAUGGUUACUUUCUUUGGGGGACUGUUUAUCAUCCUGCUGUGGAGGACCCUCAAGUACCUGUGGACUGUCUGCUGCCACUGCGGGGUCAAAAACAAGGAGGCCCAGAAGAUCAAUGGUGGUGGAGAUACACAGGCAGAUGGAGCCUGCAAACCAACAGAUGAAAAAGAGGAGAAUGUGGCAGCAGAAGUGGGAUGGAUGACGUCUGUGAAGGAUUGGGCAGGAGUCAUGAUAUCUGCCCAGACAUUAACUGGCAGAGUACUUGUUGUCUUAGUCUUCGCUCUUAGUAUUGGUGCUCUUGUAAUAUACUUCAUAGAUUCAUCAAAGAGCCGUACAGCAGACUCAUUGAUCCCAAUAGAAUCCUGCCAGAAUUUCUACAAAGAUUUCACAUUACAGAUCGACAUGGCUUUCAAUGUGUUCUUCCUACUCUACUUCGGCUUGCGUUUUAUAGCAGCCAAUGACAAGCUAUGGUUUUGGCUAGAAGUUAACUCAGUGGUAGACUUCUUCACGGUCCCUCCAGUGUUUGUGUCAGUAUAUUUAAACAGAAGUUGGCUUGGUUUAAGAUUUUUAAGAGCCCUUAGACUGAUACAGUUUUCAGAAAUCUUGCAGUUUCUGAAUAUACUUAAAACAAGUAAUUCCAUCAAGCUGGUGAAUCUGUGCUCUAUAUUUAUCAGCACGUGGCUGACAGCAGCUGGGUUCAUACAUUUGGUGGAGAACUCAGGGGAUCCAUGGGAAAAUUUCCAAAAUAAUCAACCGCUAACAUACUGGGAAUGUGUUUAUUUGCUGAUGGUUACAAUGUCCACCGUUGGCUAUGGAGAUGUUUAUGCAAAAACAACCCUUGGUCGCCUUUUCAUGGUCUUCUUCAUCCUUGGGGGAUUGGCCAUGUUUGCCAGCUACGUCCCUGAAAUCAUAGAGUUAAUAGGAAACCGCAAGAAAUAUGGUGGUUCCUAUAGUGCGGUUAGUGGAAGAAAGCACAUAGUUGUCUGUGGUCACAUAACACUUGAAAGUGUGUCGAACUUCCUGAAGGACUUCCUGCACAAGGAUAGGGAUGAUGUCAAUGUAGAAAUCGUCUUUCUGCAUAAUAUCUCCCCUAACCUUGAGCUGGAAGCUCUUUUUAAACGACACUUCACUCAGGUGGAAUUUUAUCAGGGUUCAGUCCUUAAUCCCCAUGACCUGGCGAGAGUGAAGAUAGAGUCAGCAGAUGCGUGCCUAAUCCUUGCCAAUAAAUACUGCGCUGACCCAGAUGCUGAAGAUGCCUCCAAUAUUAUGAGAGUUAUUUCCAUAAAGAAUUAUCAUCCGAAGAUAAGAAUAAUCACUCAGAUGUUGCAGUACCACAAUAAGGCCCAUCUACUAAAUAUCCCAAGCUGGAACUGGAAAGAAGGGGAUGAUGCAAUCUGUCUUGCUGAGCUGAAGCUGGGUUUCAUAGCCCAGAGCUGCCUGGCACCGGGCCUUUCCACAAUGUUAGCCAACCUCUUCUCUAUGAGGUCCUUCAUAAAGAUUGAGGAGGAUACGUGGCAGAAAUACUACCUGGAAGGAGUUGCAAAUGAAAUGUAUACAGAAUAUCUGUCUAGUGCCUUUGUGGGUUUGUCCUUCCCUGCAGUUUGUGAGCUGGUGUUUGCCAAGCUGAAGCUCUUGAUGAUAGCCAUCGAGUACAAGUCGGAGAAGCGCGAGAGCAGAAGCCGAAAGCGUAUAUUAAUCAAUCCUGGAAACCACGUCAAGAUUCAAGAAGGUACCUUAGGAUUCUUCAUUGCAAGUGAUGCCAAAGAAGUAAAAAGGGCAUAUUUUUACUGCAAGGCCUGUCAUGAUGACAUCACAGAUCCCAAAAGGAUAAAAAAAUGUGGCUGCAAACGGCUGAUCUAUUCCAAGAUGUCCAUCUACAAGAGAAUGAGACUGGCAUGUUGUUUUGAUUGCGGACGCUCUGAGCGUGACUGCUCUUGCAUGUCAGGCAGUGUACAUAGUAACAUGGACACCCUUGAGAGAGCCUUCCCACUUUCUUCUGUCUCUGUUAAUGAUUGCUCCACCAGUUUACGUGCCUUUGAAGAUGAGCAGCCGUCGACACUAUCACCCAAAAAAAAGCAGCGAAAUGGAGGCAUGCGAAAUUCACCCAACUCCUCACCCAAACUGAUGAGGCAUGACCCCUUGUUAAUUCCUGGCAACGAGCAGAUUGACAAUAUGGAUGCCAACGUGAAAAAAUACGACUCUACAGGGAUGUUUCAUUGGUGUCCAGCCAAAGACAUCGAAAAGGUCAUUUUGACUCGAAGUGAAGCAGCGAUGACAGUUUUAAGUGGGCAUGUAGUCGUUUGCAUAUUUGGGGAUGUUAAAUCUGCUUUGAUUGGAUUAAGAAAUUUAGUGAUGCCAUUACGAGCCAGCAACUUUCACUACCAUGAACUCAAGCACAUUGUGUUUGUGGGUUCACUUGAAUACCUGAGAAGGGAAUGGGAGACACUGCAUAACUUCCCCAAGGUUUCAAUCUUGCCUGGUACGCCAUUAAGUCGGGCUGAUUUAAGGGCUGUCAACAUCAACCUCUGCGACAUGUGCGUUAUCCUGUCAGCCAAUCAGAAUAAUAUUGAUGAUGCUUCGCUGCAGGACAAGGAAUGCAUCUUGGCGUCACUCAACAUCAAAUCUAUGCAGUUUGAUGACAGCAUUGGGGUCUUGCAGGCUAAUUCCCAAGGCUUUACACCUCCAGGGAUGGAUAGGACAUCUCCAGACAAUAGUCCAGUCCAUGGCCUUUUACGUCAACCCUCCAUUACAACAGGAGCCAAUAUCCCUAUUAUAACAGAGCUAGCUAAGCCUGGCAAACUUCUGCCUUUGGUUUCAAUCAGUCAGGAAAAAAACAGUGGAACCCACAUUCUAAUGAUAACUGAACUGGUAAAUGAUUCAAAUGUUCAGUUCUUGGACCAAGAUGAUGAUGAUGAUCCCGACACAGAACUGUAUCUCACGCAGCCUUUUGCUUGUGGAACCGCAUUUGCUGUCAGCGUGCUGGACUCCCUCAUGAGCGCAACAUACUUCAAUGACAAUAUCCUCACACUGAUACGGACAUUGGUAACAGGAGGAGCCACACCAGAGCUGGAAGCACUGAUUGCUGAGGAAAAUGCAUUGAGAGGAGGUUACAGCACGCCCCAGACACUUGCAAACAGGGACAGGUGUCGAGUUGCUCAGUUGGCUUUGUAUGAUGGGCCAUUUGCAGACCUAGGGGACGGAGGUUGUUAUGGAGAUCUCUUUUGUAAAGCACUGAAAACAUACAAUAUGCUUUGCUUUGGAAUUUAUCGAUUAAGGGAUGCACAUCUAAGUACUCCCAGCCAAUGCACUAAACGUUAUGUUAUCACAAACCCACCGUAUGAAUUCGAGCUUGUGCCGACGGACUUGAUCUUCUGUUUGAUGCAAUUUGACCACAACGCUGGCCAGUCCCGAGCCAGCCUUUCUCAUUCCUCCCAUUCCUCCUACUCUUCCAGCAAGAAGAGCUCAUCAGUCCACUCCAUCCCAUCGACAGCCAACCGACCGAACCGCACCAAGAGCAGAGAUUCCCGGGACAAACAGAAUGCAACAAGGAUGAAUAGAAUGGGCCAAGCAGAAAAGAAAUGGUUUACAGAUGAGCCGGAUAAUGCCUAUCCCAGAAACAUUCAAAUCAAGCCCAUGAGCACUCACAUGGCCAAUCAGAUCAAUCAAUACAAAUCGACAAGCAGCUUGAUACCACCAAUACGAGAAGUUGAAGAUGAAUGUUGACUCCUUCGAAGCCAGAACUAUUUUUAUAAAGCCUGACAAACUUCAUGAAUGGUGAUGUGACAUUUAUUCCUCUUACUUGCUGAACCACUGAUGGAGAAGUUAAGAAGGGCACGCUUAAUGGGAAAAUAAAGUAGACAGAUCUUUGUUUGUCUGCCUUUAAUAUUGCUUCCACGUAUUUUGGAAACUAUUUCAUUUAUAAAUGAACAUAAUCAAAACUAGUUCAUGUAUAGCCUCUAGCAUUUUAAAUUAUUUUUAUUUAUUAGAAAAAAAUAUAUUUUUCUUUUCUUUUUCAUUGUUGAGUAUUUUCCCUUUUAAAAAUGGCAUAUGUGGCCAGACUCCUAAGAAUUAAAAAAACCCAACAAACCCUCAGUCUUUGGCUUAAAGGAGAAUGAUGGUCACAGUUAUAAGGAUAUGUAAUUAAGGGAGACAAAUGAUAUAUUUACAAAAAAGAAAAAAGGUCCAACUUGUAUUUUAGUAAAUCAAAAAAAAAAAACCCAAGAAAAAACCCUACACUUCACCAAAAUGUUUCUUUAUCGGAAGAUGUGUAUUUUGUUCAGCAUUGACACCAGCUCUUAAUAAAUUGAACUUAUUUAUUUUCAGAGUUGAAAGUCAUAUUUUUGUACAUGUAACAUUCUUCAGAAAUGCUCUUUGUUUUAUGAACAUAUAGAGAUCACCUUGGCUGUGUGGAGGUGCAGUAACCCCUGGCUGUGCCCUGCCCCUCUGACGGUGGCACCACGGGAGCACGAUGGGGCACAGGCACAGGGAAUGUCACCCCCAGCCAGGGCCAGGGGCUUGCAGGGCACUUGCUAGGAAUGGCAAACCUGGCAAUUGCACUUCACUUCCCAUCAGCCAUCAGCAGUUGCUCAUUUCAGGAAGGCAAGCUUGGCAAUUCUUCUUCUUUUGCCAUUAUUACAGUGAUUUAAUCCAGAGUGCAUAAAAUAGUGCAUGGAAGCAUCAGUUAUAAACCAUCUAAUCUACCACAUUUUGUUACUUCCUUACUUCAGAAGUGCUGAUGGCCUUUCAUUGGUCUGAGAUGGUACAAAUUCUUCCUGAUAUGUACAGAGAUUUAGCUCCAGAGCCUUGCACUUUAGUAAAAGCUCAUACCCUGGUAAAGAGCACACUGAAUGUCCUUUUGGUUAAUUCAGUCUGGGAUAAAAACUGGUUUAGCUCCAGCUCUACAAUCUCACAACAUGCUGUCCUCAGUUAAUUCCUAUAAUAAGCAACAUCUUAUUUUAGCAGUUGGUUUUCUGGGUCUUUUCCUUUUAUUUAUUUUUACUUUGCUGGGACACCACACACAAAAGUACAGUAAAAACCAAAUAAAAAUAAUAAAAGUGAUGAAUGUAUUUAUUAUGAUAACAUGCAAAAGGCCUUUGAUGGGUGCCUUUUGUGUCAGCAGUUUCACAAAGUUGCCAACAAGCUUUAUAGCCAUCAGACAAAAAUGUGAUGUUUCAUAUCUGUGCUGCAGUAUCCACCCACCCAAGCGUUUAUGUUCUAAAUGAUUUUAGUUACUCUCUCUAUCUCAAAUAAGCAACACGUGACACAAUUGUGUGGAAACAAAAAAAAAAAAAAAAAAGGAAAGGCUGUGAUAGUAGGGAAACAAAAACCAAAACUACAAAACCAGUGUCAUCAGGAAAAGCAGAUUUUCAUUGUGCAAGUUAACUUUAGGCUUUGUAAUUUUGCAGAAUUGUUAAACACCACAAUUAAACAUACCGUGGUAUUUUUAUCAUUAGAGAAAUAUCAGUGAAUCAAACAAAUACAAAGCAGAUGAUGAAUUUAUUGUGAAAACAAUGAUGUCCACUAUGUAAUCCAACAUUUAAGCCAAACUAUCUCAGCUUUAAUGUUUGUCCACUGGCUGCAGUACAAGUAUAACCAUACUAACACCUAAUAGGCUUUAUUCUGGAGUGACUUCUUGGACUGUGACUAUUUUGUUGUUACAUUUUGUAGAAUAGCUAUUUAAAGACAAUAAUGAGAAUUGUUAAUACAGUAUCUGUAAAAUUGGAUUGUUUAAAAUAUUUCACUCUCCUACAGAGUAACAAAACAAUACAAGCAGUUUUUCAUUAUUACUUAGAUGCAUGUUUAAUGCAUUUCACAGUCCCCAAAAGAGAAGAUAAUUCCAGUGAGUUCUUCCAACAUAUGCUGCUUCAGCUAGUGACACGUUAUAAUUUACAUCCAGUCUCUGCAUUGGGUCAUGUUAAGCCUUUUCUUUGAAGUCAGUGCUCCUUUUUCAUUUAUGAACUGCAUUCAUAUUACAACCAGAAUGAAAAAAGCUGGUCCUGAGUACAGGAGAAUUGUAGAAAUUUGUGUUCAACCUCACCAAAUACAUAUGAAUUUUGUUUUUCCUGAGAAGACUGGUGUUUACUCUAGGGGCAUAGAACAUUAUGUCUUAUACCUUAUCAUAUACAGUGCCACUUCUGAGUGUCCUUCCUUCAGAAGUGAACAUUCACUGGGUAAAACAUACUAAUGAGUCAAAUACAGCACCCCUACAUUGCUGAGGUUUGUGUGUGUCUGUCCAAUUUAACAGUCACACCCCGAAAUGCCAUGCUAUUGUUUGUAAAUAAAGGACAAGACUGAACACAUUCAUGGGCUUUUCUAGCACAGAGAGCUCCAUAUGGAAUGGUUGAUAAAACAACACCCACAGAGAGCAAACAAGACAGAGAGAAGCAGGUGGGGUUAUGGGUCUACAUUUCCCAUUACAGAAAGGCUAGAAUCAGUGAUAUUUUCUUACUCCUUUUUUUGAUAAUCAGAGAUGCAGGAUGGAUGUCUGGAAAUUAGAUGGAGGAACAGAUAGAAAAGGAGUUGGAAUCUUUGAUAUUCAGCCAUUAACAAUUAUAAUAAGGCCAGCACCAAUAAAUGGAUAUUUGAAGUUAUAUCAAGGCUAUGAAAAGUGCUGGGAAAGGGACAGCUGACAGACCACAUGAUGACUGAUACAGAAAUAAGUUCUUGGUUUUUAUCAAUGACUUCUACCCCUGUCUCAGAAGGCAAAGAUUUAAAAAAAAAAAAAAAGGGUUUGGAGGAUUUCCAGGUUUUUUGUGUUGUUUUUUUUUUUUUUUUUUUUUUUUUUUUUUUUUUUUUUUUGUUUUCUGGGACUGGUUUUUUUUUUUUUUUCAUUAGUUGCAUGCACUACUGACACAGGCUAUAGAAUGUUUUUUGGUAACUCAUGUGUUGGAUAAAUAGUGUGUCUGUGUGUGUGUGUUUUUGCGUAUAUGCAUGUCCACACAUGCACACACACAUAUCUAACUAUGAGGGCACACACAUGCACACAGAUGUACAGGGGUGUGCAGGUAUUUGAUAGAGUCAUCACAAGAAGGUGUCAUCAUUUUUAUUUUCCAUGAGCUGGCUUGAAGAAAGGCACAGAAAAGAAUAUGACUUGCAGGGCAGCAUAUAGAAUAAUUUUUUCCUGCUAUUGCCACCUGGUUUGACCAGAAGCCAGCCAUCCUGGUUAGUUUUAUGAGAGAUGCACUGAGAUUAUGCUGCAGAGGAUAAACUCUCACUGCUGCAGCUGGGCUGUGCUCCUGGCUCUCCUCACACCCUGCAGUUCUCUGCUCCCACACUGCCAGAAAGUCUGCUGGCUCUCUGUUUCAUGGCUAUUGGUUUAAUUUGGCCCCUGAAGCCCCUGAGCACCAAGAUGAAAGGAUAAAACUGUCCUCUGAUAGAUUUGGUGGCAAGUGCCAAGCACAGCAAAAGUUAAGGUAUAAAAUAAAGAAAAUAUUCAUAGUCUAAAUGCAAAUUUUAACACCUUGAUGUGAUUGUGUAGUUCCUCCUAAAAUAUUAAGUACAUGAUAUAUUUGUUAAUAGGGAAAAAACAAGAUAAAAACAUUUCCUUGUACAUUUUAAAAGCAUUCUAAAACUGUCUCUGACAUUUUAACACCUUGUCUUUCAAAUCAGCAUCAAUGGCCCAACAGCAGGGAAUACAUGGGACAGAAAGUACAAACCCCUUGAUCUGGGCCAGGCAUGGUCAGCUGGAUGUGAAAAGAACUAAAUGGCCUCAGCCAAAGGCAGGACAGGACAAAUGUAGUUUGCAAGGCAAGGCACAGGAGACACUGAAAAACAUUUAGACUUUUAUUAUACAUUACUGGGUGGUGGUAGAUGAGGUUGGCUAUUUUUGGCCUGCAAAGGAAGAUUUUGCAUUUCUUGAAUUCUUCAUGUAGUAGAAGGAGAAGAAAGCAAAAUAGUGUGUUCUCAUUCAGGUUUUGCUGGGGCUGUGUGCAUCUAAACCACAGCUAACAACUACUGCAAUAAUUGGUUGCAUAAACUGGUGAAUAAACAUAUAUGACAAAAAAAAGAGCAAUAAUUUACAAAUGGCUAAUGAUUUGUGUUUUCACUGCUUGGCCACUCACUGGUCAAUCCAUAAAAUUGUUAACAACUGCCCUGGACUAGCUGACUCACAUGGGCACAAAAUGAAACAUAGAGCAGCUGCUUAAAUGGUUUUAAGUGGAUUGCUAAGGGCUCCUGGAUCCCAAUGUAUUUGAAAUGAACACAUAUUGAGGUCAAUGUGUGUGUGUGUGUGUGUGUGUGUGUGUGUGUCUAGUUUUUACAGGUGUUAUCAUUGUGAAUUUCUUCAGCACCAAAAGAAGUGUGUGUCUCACCUUUCAUUUCUAGUUUUGAAUGUGAUUAAACAAAAUAACCAACAGUGUGAAAGGCAAUGAACGGGACAAAGUGAAAACACAAAUCUGUUCCCAGUGUUGCAGUGGAUUAGCCUGGGAAUAUCAGUCAAAGUCAAUGGCAAGUGCAUUAAAAAAUUCAGAGGAAAGGAGAAUUCUUUAUAAGCCUUCUGGUUUUUCCUUUCUGUGGCAUCUGAACCACCAAAAUCCCCAACAUGCAAACAAGCACCUUUUUAAUUUUAGGUUUUUUUUAAUUCUAAAGGUUCUUGAAUAAUCACAGGCUUAAAGUAAAUAUUUUUAAAGUCAUUAUACGUGCACACCAGGUCUCCUAAUAUUCCAUUCACAGUAUUUUCAUGCUGAGCAACAGUAUUGGGUGUGGGUUCCAACCCCAUCCGAAAUAAUGAAAGGAAUGUAGUGGCUCUUGUGCUGCAGUCACUGCCCAGGAUGGUGUGUGGGCCUUUAGCGUGGAUAACUCAGUGCCAGCGUUUAUCAGAGCUGUAUUUCUGUCAGUGAUGCAUCUAUUCUGCACAGGUCCUCUCUGCUCCAGAGCGCGCAGCCACGCUAAGGCUGGGCAGCUCUGUCCACCAGGGGCAUUCCACUGGAGCCAGCAGUGAGGAAUGCUGCUCUGAGCUUCCUGCUCUGCACAGUGCUGCGGUGCUGGUGGCUGCCAGAAGGAGAAGGAGUAGGGAAAAUGAAGAAAAUAUAAAAUAUAAGGUAUUUGUUUUCUUACUUUGGUUCUAAUUUAGAGCAAUAUCUAAUUUAGGAAGCUAAACAGUAAUGCUGCAUCUAAUUAGAACCUUUAUGAUGUUGAGACAAGGUUUCUUACUGCUUCAGCCAAUGCAUUUUAGAGGAGAUCUCUAUAAAGUAAAAAAAGCAAACAACCCAGAGCACAGCAUAUAGGCAAUUGAAUAAAUGUAAUAAAACCCAUAGAUUUUUCAGAAACAAAAAAUUGUGGCAUAUGAGCAUUUUGUUGACUGGAUGAUAACUAGUAGGAACCAAACAAGAAUGUCAGCAGAAGUUAUGUCAAGCAGUUAAAAAAUUUCUGCUUCUGCCAUGGUCCCAUAGCUUGGGACACACAUGCUUAGCCAAUGCAAAUACUCUAACCUCUGGUAAGAAAAAAAGAAAAAAAAAGAAAAAAAAAAAGGAAAAAAUGUAUUACUUUAACUUUCUCAUUUCUGUAGAGUUCAAAACUGAUGAAACCACUUUCUUCCUUUGGAAAAAACACACACAUGCAAAUACAUAUAUACAAUAUCUUCUGAUUGUUUCACAUGUCUACAUUAGUUAUAGUUUGGAAGUGGAGAUGGUGAGGGGUACACUGAGAACCAGCUAGCAUCUUAAAGUUCAUCAAGAAAAAGGAGUAUGACUUCAUCACUUUACUUUUACCAUCAUGGGUUGGUGAGAGAGAACAAAUGCUGGUGCUCAGAAAUGAUCUACCUGACUUUGUCAUAUGUAAUAUCCAGUGAAAAAUAUAUUGUCCUGUAAAAAGGGUUUGUACAUAACUUGUACAUUGUUUCAUUUUGUAUUUUUCUCAGAUUAAAAUUUAUGUAUUUGUGUUCUAAAAGAA